AGAAUUGGGACAAUUUCAGAACCCUUGGAAACCCUACCAUUUGAGAAGCUUCUUGCAACUGCAUUUGUAGAAGAAGAAAAAAAUUAUUGUAAGCAAAAGAAAGGAAAGAUCUUUAGAAGAAGCGGGACUUUUGCUAAGUGGGUACACUACACAGUUUCAUUUUUAAUUUUGUUCAGUUUGCAGUGGCCCUUCGUCUAAUCAAUAUCGUGUCUUUUCUACUCAAAUGAGCUUUUAAGAUAACAAUAAAAAUAAAAUACUUUCAAAAUAUCGAUUUUUUUAGCACCAUGAUUUGCUGUUUUACUAUGAAAAGUUUUUUAAACAUGAGCCUGCCAACCGCUGGCAUGGUCAUUGGCUACAUUUCCACAGUGAUAAAUCUCUUUCAAACUGGGAUUUGCUUUAAAAUUGAUGAAAUAAGAGAAUAUAGUCAUAAAUUUGGGCAAUCUGUACCAGAAAUUGUUGAUAUUGCUACACCAAUUCUUCUUUUAAUAUGUCUUUUAGAUUUAAUGGCAUCUGUUAUGUUGAUCAUUGGAGUCAAUAAGAGAAACCAUUUGUUGUUGCUGCCAUGGAUGAUAAAUAACAGCUUAUUUUUGUCCAUAAAAAUCUUCUUGGGAAUUGGAUUAAUCACUCAAGUUUUUUCGGAAGCUAGAAGUGGUCAUAUUUUUGACACCAUUUGCUCUAUCAUAUUCAUACUCUCAAUAAUAGUAUUCUUUUGCUUGGUAUGGAAUGCAAUUUACUCACUUUUCCAGAGUAUUCGCAAAGAAAAUGAAGGAUUUACAUUGGACACAGAAAGACUUGUUGAAAAUUCUAAUCCCUGCAGCUAUGAGCUUUUUAGGAACUCAGAUUAAUUUCGUUUUUUUUUUUCAA